AUGGUCUAUCUAAAGUUACGUGAGAGGGAUAAAACAAAGCCUGCUGUUUAUAUAGACAACGGUUUGGAUCAAACUUCCAUGGACCAUUUAAUGUCGAAAACGGAGAAAAUAGACGUGGAGUUAGAGAUUUUGAACUUGCUGGGGUUGCCGAAAAGGCCUAAGGGGGUCAAGAGGCCUUUGAAAAUGUCUGCUUCCAGGUAUUUGAUGGACGUGUACAGGAAAAUGAUGGAAGAAGAAGAUGAAGAAAGUAACAGGGUUAAAAGAGACACGGAGACAGAUAUUACUGAGGAAGAAUUUAGUCAAAUAGAAGAAAGUGAUCUUAUUAUGACUUUUGAAAGUUUCAGCGGCCAUGCUAACACUGUAAGGCACAGGUGGGGGAAGCAGCUAUGGUUCAACGUUUCGAAAACGCCGUUAGCAGAAGACAUCAUCGGAGCCGAAUUGAGAGUUUUCAAAAACACCACGCUGACAAUGUCAGAACGCUACCCGUAUUCGGAAUAUACGAUCCAGAUGUGGCAAAUUAUAAAAACUGAUAGAGGUGAAAUUCUCAAACCAGUCACAUCAGUCAACAUCACAGCUGGCUACUUGGGUUGGACUGAAUUUAACAUGACUUCCUGUCUACGCUCGUGGGUAACUUCCACCGACUCCAACCAUGGGAUCUACUUAACUGUUACCCCUUUGCAAAAACCAGGGAAGGAAGUGAAGCUGGAAGACGUCGGUGUAGUCGUCACGAAAGAAAGAGACGAGACAAAACCGUUCAUGGUUGCUUUUAUGAGAGGCACCGUUCAAGUGAAUCCAAGGAGAAAAAGGGAGGCCAAAACGAAUUCUGGGAAGUCUUAUUUUCUGCACUUGAUGAAAGAAAAUUACAGAAGAAGUGAACCAAGUGGCACAUGGAGGGACUGUCGCCUGCAUAACUUGUAUAUCAGUUUCAAAGAUUUAAAAUGGCAGGACUGGAUCAUAGCCCCAACGGGCUACUCCGCCUACUACUGUUCGGGCACGUGCAACUUCCCCCUACAUGGUCACAUGAACGCCACCAACCAUGCCAUCGUCCAGACCUUGGUCCACUUGACAAACCCUAACCGAUACCCGAAGCCCUGCUGCGCCCCCUCCAAGUUGACACCGAUUUCCGUGUUGUAUUUCUUGGAUGACACUAACGUCAUCCUCAAGAAGUACAAGAAUAUGAUGGUGAAGAGCUGUGGGUGUCACUGAGAGAUACGGGUUGAUCAAGAGACGACUAUGUGCUCAAUAAUUUGAAUGGACGAGAUUUGUAGAUAGUAAUACUAGUGAUAUUAACUGCUAUUUGUUUUAUACAUUUGUACAA